AUGGCGGACCACGCAGAUGAUGUGGGCCAGGGGCAUGGAUGCACGCCCGCCGAGUCCCGGGAUGGGCUGUUGAGGCUACCACUUCCACCGCCACGGCUUCGCACCCGGCCGUGGUGGUUUCCUGUGCAGGAACUGAGAGACCCAUUGGUGUUUUACUUGGAGGCAUGGUUGGCAGACUCGAUCUUUGGCCCAGACCGAGCCAUAAUUCCGGAAAUGGAGUGGAUGAAUCAGGUCUUGUUGAUGGUGGACAAAGUAAACUCUGGAAACUUCGUUGAAAUCACCAUUUUCGGCCAGCCGCGUGUACAAAAUCGAGUGAAGAGCGUGCUUCUGAGCCUGGCAUCAAGGCACCGGCAAUAUCGUGCCCGAGCUGAGAAGAUGAAACAACUUGAGGAGUUCUUGAAGGCCCGUGCCGCAGGUCUCCAGACUCCCCAGCAUGCUGUUGCACAAGUAUUGUCAGGAACGUUAUGAGAACAGUCCUGCUUCUACUACUAAAGUUCGAGAGAAGAAAGAAUCCUUAAAUCUCUGCAUUCUUUUUUCCUUUGUCGUGAUAGGUAGUGGUUUGAUUAUUUUGAUGCAAACGUGAGUUUAUAGUGCUGUUCUAGUAAAGAAAUGAAUUUCCUUUUUGUCCAAUGGCAUAAAGAUCUUUUCUCACUUAAAAUUAAGCAAAUUUACAAAAGAUUGUUUAUUCUUGUCUUGCUGUGCGACGUGGGUAAAAGGCCUGAUUUGUAGUGGUUCUAUUUUUGUUUCUUAAUUUCUACCACUUUGAAACUACUAACCCUUUUAUGAUUUUAGGGUCAGAAUCAGGCAUCAUUUUGUUCUCAAACUUUAACGUGUGGAACAAAUCACCUUGAGAACUUGCUAAAACAAUUUCCUAGGCUCCUUAAGUGAUUCUAGUUCAGUACAUUGGGCCCAUUAUUUUGCAUUUCUAACAAGCUCAUGGGUAAGGUUAAUGAUUCUUUGAGGCUCUCAUUUUGAAGCUUCUGGUUUGGUCCUUGAGUAGCACCGAGGGUGGGUUUUCUUAGAGUGGAACCUUCCCUUCAUGCACAUGUGUGGAUAUUCCAGUAUGAAAUGAGGUGAUCAGCAUUCAUUGUGCUGGUGCUGUGAUUCGCCAAAGAGUCGGAGUACUGGGCAGCUUAGCCCAGGAAAGCAUCUGACCUCCAAGUCAGCUGUCUGCUUUUCCCCUGGGGUCUGCACAGGUGUCCUGCACGUGCUGGGUUGUUUUUCCAUUACCAAUUUGUGCAAAACAGCCCCAAGCCCUUGCUGCCUCCACUUUCAGGAAGCAGGAUUCUUGUGGGGAGAGGUUGCCAAGAACUGGGUGGCUUCAGACACAAAGGUGGAGUUGAUUUAACCCAUGCAGUUUCUUCACCCCUGAGCGGUAAUGGAUUGUAGCCAUUUGCAAGUGUUUUAAACACACAUUCAUACACAAAUCUCUUAAUAUGAUUACACAAUUGAUAUUGAUCAUGUUCCUACUUUGCUUCACAUUUUUGUAAAAUGCUUUUACAUUUUUCUUUAUUCCUAAUUACUUCUUUCAACCCUGAAUAUAAGAACUUUUAUUAUCUGUAUAAGCUUUUGUAACAAAUAAUGGUUUAUUAUUAUUUUUUCACCCCUUUGUUUCUCAAAUUUUUUGCACAUGAGAAGUUUUUACUCUAUGUAGUUAAACCAACUACUGUUUUCUGUGUGAUUUCUCCUCAUC